UCUUUAUUUUCGUUGUUAGCUUUUACUUUAGGAAUUUUUCGUUCGGGGUGUUAUAUGGUGCGAAUUGAAAUUCAUCCUCCUCUUGAAACAAACGUGUAGUGUUAAAAACGGCAGCCUUGAUCAACUGAGGAUGCGUUCAAUCUUGUGUACAAAUCCACAGAUUUGAAAUGGCUUGUUCUGCAAACGAAACAUCAUCAUCAUCAUCAAGAUCAGGCGCUACUGAAAGUAGCACUAGUUGUUGGAAUUGGAGGAAGGCAUUAUCAGCUGAAGUAAAGCUGUUUCGAGGGUUUGCGUUUGCUUUCACCAUUGUUUUCACCCUACUCCUCCUCUUAUCCUUCUAUCUCUUCUAUCUCCGCAUCCGCCGUCUCCAACGCCGUACACCGCAUUGGUCGGCUUCCUCAUCAGCCAUCAAUGUUGUCUCAACGGAGCAGGCUGAGUUGGGGUUGAAGAAAGAGCUGAGGGAGAUGCUGCCUGUUAUUGUGUUUAAGGAGAGCUUUUCUGUAACUGAUACCCUAUGUUCGGUAUGCCUUGGGGAUUAUGAGGCAGAGGAUAGGCUACAACAGAUACCAGCUUGCAAGCAUGCUUUUCAUGUGGAGUGCAUCGAUCACUGGCUUUCUUCUCACACCACAUGCCCCCUAUGCCGUCUCUCUCUUCUUGCUUCUUCUCCAACUGAACCAGAAACAACUAACGAGAUUAUAUCUACCAACAUGGAGAACACUACUGAAACAUCUCCUCAGAUUCAAAAUUGUGGUCAGUCUUCAACAAAUCCUGAGCUUACCCAAUAGUUAUAAGGCAAGAAAUUCUCAUAUUGUUUUGAUAUUGACAAACAAUCUUUGGAUAAUUGGUAGUUAAUAUAUCUUGCUUAUAAUAUGCAGCAGAAGUAAGCUAUGUCUUCCCA